AUGGCGGCGGAUGUUGUUUCUCACAGCCUGAACCUCCUGGAGACUCUCAAAGAGUCUAUUGAGAACAACAAGCUGUCGGACGUCAAGGAUGCUGUGGAGGACCUCCUGAUCAGCCGGAUCAACCUGGCCGUGGCAGGAGAGCGGGGGCCAGAGAAGUCUGCAUUCAUCAACGCCCUCCGUGGCCUGGGGCCUGAGGAUGAAGGAGCCGCCCUAUCCCCCUGCCCCACUUCUCCAGAGGAGAUGGCCAUCUAUCCCAACCCCAAGCACCCUGACUUCAGGCUCUGGGACUUGCCACCCACCCCCGCAGCCACACCCUUUGACCUGGAAGGGUACAUGGAGCGGGUGAAGUUCCUGAGGUACAACGUGGUGGUCAUGGCGUUCACACAGAGUCUCCAGGCCAACAGCGUGGCGGUGUUCCUGGAAGCCCGCUCUGUGCAGAGGGACACUGUGUACUUCGCCUUGCUGGCCUCAGAGAAGGACACAGAAAAGGGUCUGGAGGAGAGACGGAAGGCCAGCCUGGAGUUGUUGAAGGCCCAGGGGGUGGCCCUGCCUAAGGUGUUCCUAGUGAGGCCCUCCUGUCUGGAGAAACUUGACUUCCCAGGACUCCUGGAGGAGAUGGAGAGGGACCUACCAGAGAUCCGGGCCCACGCUCUCCUCCUGGCCCUGCCCACUCUCUCCCCAGUCCUGGUCACCCAGAAGAGGGACGCCUUCAAGGCCUUGGUCUGGGCUGCCGCGUCACUCUCUGGUGGGGUGUCGGCCAUCCCUGUGCCCCUGGUGGCCUCCAUGGUGGACGCCAGAGUGGGUGUGAGGAUCCUCACCAAGGCCAGGGCCUCGCUCUGUCUGGACGACGAGUCUGUUGAGCGGUUGGCACGGCAACGCGGCAUGGAGCCGGCACGGCUCAAAGCCCUGCGGACGUGUAACCUGUCGGUUGAAGUCACUAAGGGGGAGGUAAAGCUUCGGCUGGCAGCGGCAGAGAAGGAGUUGACCACCAACACAACCCGGCUGGUGGAGAUGGCCAUGCCUAGGCACGCCCGCUCAGCCGGUCGUUCCUUCACUGUCAUGCUGCAGGCUCUCAAUGGGGCCAUCGAUGAGAUGGUGGUUGACACAGAGAAGAUACUGGCUGCUGCUGGUAUAGGAGAGGGGAAAUGA